AUGCUCCUCAUACUAGGAGAUUUCCUUUCUGACACCCAGCAAUCCCAGGAACAGAAAGACCCAUCAGGUCAGGGCUCAUACGACCAAGAUCGCGGCGCUGCGCAAAGAAUCCAGCGCGGAAGCACACGCGGGAUCGAUCGCUGCAGGCGCGCCGCCUGCCAGGAGCGCGGGGUGCCACCGGCGCCGCCCAGCCCCGGUCAGGCGCUCGGCGCGGCGGCCAGCCACGCCCGGAGCUUCGCGGAAGAGCCCGCCGGGAGCCCUUCUGCCAAGGAAAGGGGGCUGUUCGAAAGGACCCGUGGCGGCCUGCUCCUGGAGUGGUCGGCAGCCAUGUUUGCGGAACAGGGACAAGCUGCCAGCUGCAGCAUCUCAGGCGAGUUCGAGGUGGAUGGCUCUCUGCAACUUGGCCAAGACGUCAACUUAAUCCUUGUGCUGAGAAACCUUUCUGCCGCCAUCAAGAGUCUCACGGCUAACGUGGCCUUGUGGACCAUCAUCUACACCGGGCGGACCAUGCACGAACUCUUGCGGGACUCGCUCCCGGUGACUCUUGGCCCCAACGAAGAGAAAAGGUUUCCCUUUAGGAUUCCCUAUGCCGAAUACAAGGGGCACCUGACACUGGACAACAUGAUUCAGGCUACUGCCCUGUGCCAUGUGGAAGACGGGAGCUGUGCUCUAGUGCAAAGAGUUGUCAUCCUAGAAUCCCACCCCAUCCUCCUGAAGGUGCUGGGCCAGGCCAAAGUGGGCGAGCAGGUGAAGGUGGAAGUGCUGUUCACCAACCCGCUGGAAGAGGAGGUGAAGGACUGUGUGCUGCGGGCGGAAGGCAGCGAUCUGACGGCGGACACGGUCCGGAUACAGCUGCCACCAGUGAAGGCCAAGGACCGCUCUCGUGUCCACCUCGACAUCACUCCUAGCAGAAGUGGGACCAAGCACCUCGUCGUCCAUUUCUCCUGCGACAAGCUGGGGCACGUCAAUGCCUUUGAAGCCAUUAAUGUGGAUGAAUGAUGGGGAAGCCUGGACCGGCCGGCCAGACGGUGCCUCCCCCAGAAGACAACAAGUCUGCUAGAACCAGAUGUAGCAUCUGGAGCUGCAGGAGGGUUGUUUUCUUGAGGCCAUUCUCGGGAAUCACGCAUAAUCACAUCACUUGGUUCUCAUAGCUUCAGGACUGUAACGGUGUUCCCAAGGGCUGAUGGAGUAGCUUUUGCCUACAGGACGCUUAAGUCAAUUUGACUGCUUAGCUUAAAGGGAGUAGGGCUUGGCAAUUCACAACACAGGAAGCGUGGGGGUUCCAUUUCUGUUUGAUACACAUUCUUUGAUUCACUCCACAAGCUUCUUACCACUCAGCACCAUAAAUUAGUGGCUACCUGCAAA